GACACGGCCAGAGCACUGAGAGAUAUCAGGUAUUGAUGUAACUGGAGUGAAUAAGGGAACCUUCUUCCUGAGCACAGACAUUGCAGCCUGUUAUCAGCAUGAACUCAUAUGUGUUAGACACGGCCAGAGCACUGAGAGGUAUCAGGUAUUGAUGUAACUGGAGUGAAUAAGGGAACCUGCUUCCUGAGCACAGACAUUGGAACCUGUUAUCAGCAUGAACUCAUGUGUGUUAGACAAAGAAAUGAAUAGUUUAUAUCCAUCCUUCACUACAGGAAGCAUCAGAAUGAUACCACAGACUCCAACAUUUUUAGACACUAAUGAAUAUUCACAAACAUUGGGGAAAUCACAGCAGAUAUUUAAAGGAGAUGGUGAAUUGGCAGGAACUGGGCAGCAAUCGUUAUGUACAGAGAGUAAUUUAGUCAUCAAACAAGAGGACAAGAAUUAUGCCUUAUCUAGUGAAAUGAUUAUCCAUGAAGAUAAGCCACAAACAUGUACUGAGUUUUCAAAAAAAAUUAAAGAAGAGAAAAGUCUACAGUCUAGCCAAAUAAUUCAUACAAAGGAGAGUCCUUUCAAAUCUACAGAAUGUGAGAAAAGUUUUAGAUAUAAGUCUCAUCUCCUAAAGCCACACAAAAUUCACACAGGUGAGAAGUCACACACAUGUACUGAGUGCGACAAAUGUUUAUUUAGCUGUACAGAGUGUGGAAAAAGUUUAACACAAAUGAAUAAUCUAAAAACUCAUAAAAAGAAUCACACAGGAGAAAAGCCAUUCACAUGUACAGAGUGUGAAAAAAGUUUUACAGGAAAGAGUAGUCUGAAUAAACAUGAAAGGGUUCACACAGUAGAAAAGCCUUUCACAUGUACAGAGUGUGGAAAAAGUUUUACAGAAAAGAGUAGUCUGAAAACUCAUGAAAGGAUUCACACAGGAGAAAAGCCUUUUACAUGUACAGAGUGUGGAAAAUGUUUUACACAAAAGAGUGAUCUGAAAAAGCAUGAAAUGAGACACAUAGGGGAAAAGCCUUUCACAUGUACAGAGUGUGGAAAAUGUUUUACAGAAAAGAGUGAUCUGAAAAAGCAUGAAAGGAGACACACAGGAGAAAAGCCUUUCACAUGUACAGAGUGUGGAAAAAGUUUUACAGAAAAGAAUAGUCUGAAUAAACAUGAAAGGGUUCACACAGGAGAAAAGCCUUUUACUUGUACAGAGUGUGGAAAAAGUUUUACAGAAAAGAAUAAUCUGAAUAAACAUGAAAGGGUUCACACAGGAGGAAAGCCUUUCACAUGUACCGAGUGUGGAAAAGGUUUUACAGAAAAGAGUUGUCUGAAAAGUCAUGAAAGGAUUCACACAGGAGAAAAGCCUUUCACAUGUACAGAGUGUGGAAAAAGUUUUACAGGAAAGAGUGUUCUGAAAAAUCAUGAAAGGAUUCACACAGGAGAAAAGCCUUUCACAUGUACAGAGUGUGGAAAAAGAUUUACAAAAAAGAGUUAUCUGAAAACUCAUGAAAGGAUUCACACAGGAGAAAAGCCUUUCACAUGUACAGAGUGUGGAAAAAGUUUUACAGGAAAGAGUAGUCUGAAUAAACAUGAAAGGAUUCACACAGGAGAAAAGCCUUUCACAUGUACAGAGUGUGGAAAAAGUUUUACAGAAAAGAGUUGUCUGAAAAGUCAUGAAAGGAUUCACACAGGAGAAAAGCCUUUCACUUGUACAGAGUGUGGAAAAAGUUUUACAGAAAAGAGUGAUCUGAAAAGUCAUGAAAGGAUUCACACAGGAGAAAAGCCGUUCACAUGUACAGAGUGUGGAAACAGUUUUACAGUAAAGAGUAGUGAUCUGAAAAAUCAUGAAAGGAUUCACGAGGGAAGAAACCUUUCACAUGUUUAGAAAGUGGAAAAAGAUUUUCUAUUGAAAUCCGGUAUCACAAAACACCAAAUAUUUACACACAAGUAAACUUUUACAAACUCUCUAAAUAGAAGCAUAAAAAAGGAUGUUAUUGUAAAUAAUACUUUCUAAAUCCCAGUUAUAAAAGCCCCAGAUUGGAAGUGCUCUCCUGCUGUCCUUUGAUCCUCUAUAUAUGUGCAACAAAGGUUUUUUUUUUUGGUUAAGCACACCACAAAAAAGGACUGUUUUAUCUUAGCACACAUAUUGUGGGAGUGCUACCGAAGUGACCAAAACAAUUACAAGACAACAAAAAGUAUCG